ACAACUUAAAAUGGCGUCAGCUGAGUCGCAGCCGCGGUUCGGGCAGUCUGUCAAAGGUUUAUUAUCCGACAAGGUGGGCUCCUGUAGCGGUGAUGUGAUAGCGCUGACCCGCCAGGUGCUGAAAGGAUCCCGAAGUCAGGAGCUUCUUGGUCAAGCAGCAAGGAAUAUGGUGAUUCAGGAGGAUGCCAUUCUUCAUGCUGAGGAUAGUCUGAGAAAAAUGUCCAUCAUUACCACACAUUUACAGUACCAGCAGGAGGCUAUCCAGAAGAAUGUCGAGCACUCUAAAAACCUGCAAGACCAGCUGAGACACCUGCUGAAGUGACAAUGACGCAGGCCAACCUCAGCCCACAUCAACACUGUCUGAGCAGGACUGAAACAUCCACAGGAUUUAUUACCAUAUUUAUACCUUAAAACUGUGGGCUGACUGGUUCAGCAGGGAAUGGGACUCACCAAUAAGUACGGCUCUGUAUGAGAUACAGAACUGUGUUGUAAGAAUUGCUCUGCAAAACAACAGCCAUUGAUCAUUUGUAGAACAUUUUCAACAGUUGUAUUAAAGUAUUGUUUUGACUACC